ACUACUUUAUUACCAUGUAUUUACAAUAACAAAUUUAUUAUUAUGUUUAACAAUUUAUGCUGGAUAAAUACUGAUUUCAAAUUACAUAAUCUUCCUUAUUUAAUUAAGUGCUUAUAAACAAUGGAAACUGAAUUGGAUUUUAGUAAAAUUUGUCGUGCAUGUUUAUCUGAUACUGGUCCUUUAAAGGAAUUAUUCAUCGUCUGUACCGCUGAAGUGUUUAAGUACUGUACAUCCGUUGAGAUAUCCAAGAAUGACUAUCUCCCACAGUUAAUUUGCCAAACAUGCUUAGAUUUGCUAAACAAGUUUUAUUACUUCAAGCAAGGUGUUAUACGUUCAAAUACUAUAUUGAAACAACAAUAUUAUGGAAAAACUACCGAGGAUGUAAGACCCGAUCAGUACAACAGUGAAAGAAAUGACUUAUUAGAAGUUACUGUAAUAGAACUUAAUGAUGCACAAAAUCAUGAAAACAUGAAUAUUGAACCAGAACAACCAAAAGUUAGACGAAGACGACGAACCCUAAGACAGUACACAGAGAAAACACUUACAGGAAAAGAACGAAUGAAGUGCAUGAAAUGUGGGAAAAAUUUUCAGAAAUAUGAGAAUUUUGAAGCACACAUGCGAAGUCAUUUUGGAAAAAAACCUGAUAUCAAGUGCCAAUACUGUGACAAGACAUUCCUGAACCUUCGCAAUCUGAAUAGUCACUUACGAGUGCAUACCGCGGGUCGCAAGUAUCAAUGUAGCACAUGCAAUAAGUGUUUUGCCUACCUCAGCGUGUUGAAGAACCAUGAGCUUAUUCACUCUGGUAUUAAGAGGCAUAUGUGUCAUUUGUGCGACGCUAAGUUUGUACAAGCUUAUAAUCUUAAGAUGCACAUAGAGACGCAUAGCAGUGAGAAGAAUUACGGUUGUUCUCAGUGCGGUAAGAAAUUCUCGCAACCGGGCAAUUUGAAGAUACAUCUAAUAAGGCACACUGGUAUCAAGAACUUUGCCUGUAAUAUGUGCAAUAUGAGGUUUUAUAUAAAGGCGGAUCUAGUGAAGCACAUGCGGUCCCACUCAGCAGACAAACCGUUCUCCUGUCAACUAUGUGAUAAAACAUUUAAAAGUAGAAGUUUUCAAGCAAUUCAUAUGCGAACUCAUACUGGCGAGCGUCCCUACGCUUGCGAUCUCUGCCCAAAGAAGUUUAUGGCGCGUAAAGACCUAAGGAAUCAUAGGAUGAUCCAUACCGGAGAGAAACCGCACAAGUGUCAGCUAUGCAACCAGGCGUUUAUACAGAAAUGUGCAUUGAACAGGCACAUGAAGGGUCACGGAAAGAGCACUGACACACAAAAUGUUAUGCCAGAGACUCAAAUGCAAUUAUUGAUUAACGGGCCAAAAACACUCUCAUAUAGAAAAUGGAAUGGGGAAGCUUGAUACUAUGAAAUUAAAGAUUUUAAUGUGAAUUAAAAACUUUGGGAACAUUUUUAAAUAAAAUCAAGAAUUAUGAGAACUUUGUUAAAUACAAAGUGGAGGUAGCUACUAAUAAUCAUUAUCAGUGCAACGAAUUUGCAGUAUUAUGUUAAUAAGGAUUGUAGUGUAUUUUUCAGUCUGGAUCAUAUUGUAACUUAAUUCUGGAAGGUUUAUGAUUUAAUUUUAGUCAGAUGAGAAAUAAGUACAAAACUAAGAUGAUCUGAGUACAUUUUUUCUAACCUCACUUAUUGAAAGGUGUAGCAAAGAAAAUAUAAAAAGAAAAUUAUUAUUCCAGCCAGUCUGUACAACUCACAAAACUUUAUAUCAAAUAAUAUAAAGCGUGUAACGCGUAGAAAUAAAAUCAGUCAAUUUUUUAUGAAUCGUGAUAUCAAAGUGUUAGGAAUCAGCUUUAAGUUUUAGUAAUAAAAAAGGGUAAUCGAUUAAUUA